ACUCCGGAAACAAAUUAGUGAAGCUCCUGCCUCAUCAUGGCGCGGCACCUUCGUUUCAUAGCUCGGACGGUGAUGGUCCAAGAUGGCAAUGUCGAUACCGCGUACAAGACCUUGAACAGAAUCCUAACCCAGGAUGGGAUCAUCGACGCAGUGAAGCGCAAACGCUACUUCGAGAAGCCCUGCCGAGAGCGACGGCGGAAAAGCUUUGAGAACUGCAGGCGCAUUUACCACAUGGAAAUGGCACGAAAGAUUGCUUUUAUUUCCAGGACAAACAGAGAGGACCCCUGGCUCGGUUGCUAGGGAGAUUGAAUGUGUUGAAAAAGGACGAGACAUUCAAACAUCCAGGGAUGACAAGAGAAUCGCUACACAAACACUAGCUAGGUGUUACAUCUGAUAGGAAUGGUCGAAAGCAAAUUGAAGAACAUUUUUAGAUGUUCAUUCAUUUGGAAAAAAAGACUGAUGUUUUUCUGCAACUUUCUUGUUUCAUCUAAGCUGUGAAAUAUGAGCAUUUAUCCACACUCAGUAAUCUCUGGUGUUACCAAGUUGUGGUUGUUUUCUCCCCUGCCGCCACAGGAAGACCACCUAGAUGUGAUACUUUCUUGUCUCCUUUUAUUUUGUUCAUGUCAUCUAAAGUUGUAUUAAUAAAAUAACUGUAUCUGAGAUCACUUGUUUUUGAAGAAUUUGUCAUUUAUGAGAAAUUUUUGUUUAUAAUUUUUAGUUGUUGCUAAAACCAAACAAGAAAGAGCCUUGUUGAUUACAUCUAUGCUUCCAGACCAGUCACUUAAAGUUUUGUUCAAGUUAUUAAAAAAAAAGGAUCAAGCAGAAAUAGUUUUCCCUUCACAUAUAAAAUGCAAAUUUUUAAUCAGAUUUGAGAAAACAUUUUCAUAAUUAUUUUCUGUGAAGGAUUUGUACGUUUUCAUAUCUUAUGAAUGUCAGUGUUGUUACAGUUGAACAACUUGAGCUUUUGUCUGAUCUCACAGCUGUGAUUACAUGUAAGGACAAGUUGCUGUGGAAUAUCGGCUCUGUUGCCCAGAUGUGGAGCUCUUGACAGUCGUGAAAUGCUCAAUAAAUGUGCUCAAA